UCGGCGCGCCUCACUUGCACUGUGGGUGCCAAUGAUGUUUCACACAACCUUUGUUGUUUCCAUUGUUUUACCUAAUAAUUUGCACUGUUUUGCCCCAUUGAGGAGUAAUUAAAUAAGGCAGUCACUCCUCAGACCACACAACUCUUGCUUCCUUCCACCACAAUAGUCAUGAGAUCAGAAAUAUUCUUACAAAGUUAGGUUUUCCUUAUUGUUUUGGCGACAGCGCCAUGUUCCGGGAAUGACAAGCAGGCAGUAUUCUCCAUCACUCCACUAAAAUACCACCAAAUAGGUUUUGGACUAAGUAAUUGACAACGGUGCCCCGAGGAUACGAGAAAUAAAGGUGGAUGAAGUGGAGCCAGGCUGCAUUCGAGGGUGACCCCUCAGCGGCCAUGAUGGCAGGAAGGCACAUACCUCACCCCACACCUCCACAGCCCAUCAGACCUCAAUUGCAGGUUCAGGGCCAGUAUAUGGAAUAUGGCAGAUCACUUGCUCGUUCUCAAGAUGAUGAGCAAGUGAAUUAUUUUUGCCAACGACCCCAUAAUGACAACGACUUUGCUUACCAGAAGGGGCACCGAUGGGCCGUAGGUGAUGAUUCAGUCAUCGAUGUAAGUAGAGAGAAGUGGGUGAAUGGCAGCGUGGUGUAUAAUGAACAGGAGAAUGGUGGACUACCGAGUACUGCAGUGAGAAACGUUAGCAGACGAGUAGAAUAUGGACAACAGAUUGCACCUGCGAAAAAAUUAUGGGGCGUGGAAGAGGGGAAGACAGAUAACAAAGGCAUAUUCAAUAUAGGUGAAGCGUCAUGGAGAGAAGCAGCAUGGAGCACGGGCACAGCUCAUGCGACUGGUCCACACCAUCAUGGUGUGGGCCAGAGUCACAGUUUAAGUAUGGGUGUUGGUCAGCGUGGUCAUGGAAGGCCACAGUUUCCUGGAGGAGACUCUGUAUUAUCACCGCGUGCCACUGACCACACUGGGGUGGGUCUUAAGAUGGUAGAAUAUGUUCUGGCCUCUUCGCCAACUGGAAAGGACCUUGAUGCCCGCAUGGCCAACCUCGCCUUAAGAAAUGGAGGUGGAGAAAGUACCAAGGAUAAAAAAGACAAGGCUCCUUCCCCGUUUGACCCAACAAAAAAGGAAGUAGAGAAUGGUAACUCCCCGCAAGCUAAUGGCAUUGUACAGAAUGGACUUGACGAUGACAAAACUUUUAAUGUGUUGCAAUCCCACAGCCGGACGCCGGGGAGUAGACAGGGAUCACCAUCGGAAGAAGACAUCAACAAGAAUGGCAUGGUGCCAGGUGUGGGUGUCAAGGAGCCUGAGCUGGUGGGUGGCAGCGUGGUAAUGGGUGGUCCUGGGGCACAAGUUCUAGGGCAUCUUGAUCAUCCGGGGUUUGACGGUGUGGGCGGUGGAGCUGUUGGUGGCAUGGGGGGCCCUGCAGGCAUGUUAGACCCUAGCAUGAGUGGAGCUGGUGGUCCCUUCUCAUCCCCUGCAGGACAUGACUACAAUAACAUGGCCACCAGUAUGCCCAUGGACUCACCCACCCUGUUGCCUGCCCCUGGUGGACCUCAGCCACAGAAUUUCACUGACAGUCAGGUCCAACAGCAGUUAUUCCUCAGUACUAUGGGGUGCACUGGGGUGUGUAUCCAGCCAACAUUAUCCAACAACAAGGGCCUGGUGGUCAACCACGACGGCCAAUCUCCCCUUCUCAAACUAGUGAAGUUACCAGUCAAAGUAAUGGUAACCUGGCAGCAUCUGCUGCAGCAGCAGGCAAUAUGCAAGGUCCCCUUUCACAGUACCAGGUAAUCCCAGCCUACUAUGACCAAAAUGGAACAGUAUUGAUGGGUAACCUCAGAGGAGUUGGUAAUGGAGCCCCAGUUCGGUUGGUUUCUCCUGCACCAGUCCUUAUCAAUGGUGCCAAUGGUGCCCAGGCUGCUGCUGCCAAUAAUAUGCGACUUUUAAGCAACCAGGCUCCUCAAAUUGGAACGCCUCCAGCAUCUCUGUACAAUAGUAGUCAGACUCCGAGCCUCAACAACAGUCAAACCUUCACUGGGAGCACACUCGCUGAUUCCCUAUCGCAAGGCCUGCAGACUUCAAAUGCAUUAACAGGCAACAACUACUCGUUGGGUCUGCAAACUAGUAGUCUAGGUUUUGGCAAUAGCACCCUGGGCACCAUUGGAUCCCCUGCUAUUGGUAAUUUAGGUGGUGGUUUGGGGGGUAGCAGUAUGGGUCGUCGUGAUUCUCUUGAUCGCACUACAUCUGUUUUAUCCCCACUUUCUCAAGACUUUCGAAGUGCUAAAUGGACUAGUAAUUAUGGAGCUUUAGGAACUGUAACUGCAUCCCCUGGACCCAUUGGUCUUACCUCAGGUAGUCUAACACCUCCACCAAGCCUGAGUAGUACUUCUUCAGCACUUCCCCUUGGGGCUCUCAUGUCAGGUAAUCGUGUCAUUUCUGCUGCACCAGGAGCAGAGGCCAAGUUUCGCAAUGGCUCUACCAAUGGGAUGUUCAACUCAGGUGGACCCUCAUCAUUAUUUCCACCAUUAAAACGAAAUUUGAGUUUGGAUAAAUGCACUGGUCGUUCACGCCUUCUCGAAGACUUCCGCAAUAAUCGAUUCCCAAAUCUCCAACUAAGAGACUUGGCUAACCAUAUUGUGGAAUUCAGCCAAGACCAACAUGGCUCAAGGUUCAUACAGCAGAAACUAGAGCGAGCAACACCGGCUGAGAAACAAAUGGUAUUCAAUGAAAUUUUGACAGCAGCCUAUUCUCUCAUGACGGAUGUAUUUGGUAAUUAUGUAAUUCAGAAAUUCUUUGAAUUUGGGACACCAGAUCAAAAAACUGUGUUGGCAAAUAAGAUUCGGGGUCAUGUCUUACCACUAGCAUUGCAAAUGUAUGGAUGUCGGGUAAUUCAGAAGGCCUUGGAAUGCAUUACUCAAGACCAGCAGAAGGAUAUUGUUCGUGAGCUUGAUGGUCAUGUACUCAAGUGUGUUAAGGAUCAAAAUGGUAAGUUUAAUUACAUUGUAAGUCUACUUUCUAUAUCUUUUUCUUUACAGUACUGUAUAUCAGACUAUUUGAUGCUACUAUAUAUAUAUUCUUUCCUUAAAUGUCAAAUUUUAUAUUCAUAUUGUAUUACAGAACAUGGCAAGCCAGAGGACAAGAGUAAAAUUGUGGGUGUAGUACGAGGAGGAGUUCUGAAACUGUCUCAGCAUAAGUUUGCUUCAAACGUUGUUGAAAAAUGUGUAACACAUGCCACCCGCGCUGAGAGGGCCAUGCUUAUUGAGGAGGUGUGUGGAUACAAUGACAAUGCUCAUAGUUCACUUCUGGUGUUAAUGAAAGACCAGUAUGCUAACUAUGUUGUGCAAAAAAUGAUAGACGUGGCUGAACCAGCUCAGCGGAAGAUGCUCAUGCACAAGAUUCGCCCUCACAUUUCCACUCUCCGUAAAUAUACAUAUGGUAAACACAUUUUGGCUAAACUGGAGAAAUACUUCAUGAAGAAUGCCCCUGAUACUAUGGGUCCCAGCAUGACAAGCCCCCUCUAGGCUGCCCUCACCUCACUUCGACCACCACAUGCCACUGUUCCAAAAAUAAGGGAAAAUGCUGACAUCUUUAUUUUUUAUUUAGUUUUUAGUUUUUAUCAACUUUUUGAGCACGCAGUUUAUCUUCAAUAAAGUGCCAGUGGUGUGAAGCACAUAAGUUAGCUGUUAGUGAUGUUAUGUAUUAUAAUGUAUCUGAUGUUGUUAAAUAUUUUUCUCAUGUCUUUUAAGCCUUAUUGACUAAAAUGGAAUUGAAGAUUUAAAAAUUUUUGAAAUGCAUUAUAGAUCAUAAUCAGUUAAAUCUGAUUACAUGUAAAACAAAUUACAUAUUUAUUUUCUCUCCCACAAAUAAAACCUUGAAUAAAGGUAGUAUUAACAUUCUAACUUGAGUUCCUAGUUACUUUUACCCUGUAAAAAUCUAGGAUGACCAAAUUAUUUAAUUUUAAAUUUAGAAUUUAAUCAAUGGACUGGCAACAUUUUCCUGCUUGAUUUAAUGUUUGUCAAGUUAAAGCUGUUGGUAUUGACAUGCAUAUCCUUAUUAUCUUGCAAAUUAAAGGUAACUGUUUAUACCUUUACCUGUCAGGUAUUUAGAAUGAUGGAAUUUUGGGGGGACAAUUUAAUACAUAUAUGAUUUCUUGUUGUAAGAAUUCAAAAGCCAUUGGAAAAAUUAAUGUUAAUUAAAACUUAUUUUGGUGUGCCCUUAAUGCAUAGUAACUAUUCAGCUAGGCUCUUGUAGUGUGAUAGAGCAUGUUAUUCAUUAUUGUGGGCUUCUGGCUAUUUGCAUGAUUUUGCUGUAGUGAGCUUUUUCCCAUAUAUAUAAAAUUUGAAUCUUAGAAAUACCUGUUUGCCACUUUUUACCCAAUUGGUAAAUGUUGUUACCUAAUGUUGUAUUGCUCUUUCUUUCACAUUAGUAAUGGUGUGUAAUGUUAGUAAUGUAUUUAGAAGCUGUGUUUGCCUCUCAAAAGCAAAUAUGGUACUUCUCAAGUGAUUAAAGCAGAGCAUGGAAGGCAUCCCAUAUCGGAACACAUGCAAAGGUAAAAAACCAAUCAUGAAGGAUUAUAUGUUCCAGUAUCUGGCACUUAUGCACAUUAGGUUGGUAAGCACAGGUGUAAUAGGAUUGAAGCUGUAGGAAGCCAGUUCCUAACAUAAGACAAAGGUCGGUCAAUAACUUGUUGCAUUUCGUUUUUAAAAGUCCACAAUGGAAGUGGUUGGUGUUUUAAAGUGGAUGAUGUGGGAGGUGCCUGCCCUGGCCCGUGUCCCAGUAACGGUGCGGGACUCUGCCCUCGUCCAGCCAAUAGGUCAUCUCGGCCUAGUGCAUUGUAAAAUUUGAUGUACAUUGUAUCAACUGGUAUAUAUAAAGCAAUUUCAAUAUGUAAUAUUGGGCAUUACUGUAAAUCUGUACAGUCGAAUAUUCUAUAUUUUCUUACUUGUUUGUGUGUUUGUAAUGUCAGUGUGAUAAUACCACCACUAAAUCCAGCACAAUUGUGGCAAGUCAUGCCUGUGUGUUAGUAGACUGGUGUCUGAAUCAUCAUACAUUGUAAAAAUUUCAGUUGAACACUCACCAACCUAUUGUCUCACCAGCUGCAAACCAUAAGGACACUGGCACUUACACUGCAUUUUUAAGAUCCCACACAAUGCUGCAAUUCCCCCCUGAGGUUUGUAAGCACGUCUUUUGCAGUGCACUCUCCUGGGACUGGCAUUCAUGAGGAUGAGGAGGUAGAAUGGCCUUUUUACCAACAAUAGAUUGUAUAUUUCAGUGAUUUCUCCUCCCCUUACUCUUGUUGCUGGCCACCAAGUACGAAAAAUCCAGGCUUCUGGGUUAUAAUCAUUUUUCUGCUUAAAUUCUCUUGAACUAGUAGCAGACUGUGCCUGGUAUGUUUUACUGGUUCAUGAGUAUGAGGAGCAGUGUUAAUAUCUGUUAAACUUGUAACUUUGUAUCCCAGUACUGGAGCUCUUGCAGGCUGGAACAGGCCCUUGUGUUUAUACUGUAGAGCUCCUGCCCUUGCCAAAAGACUUAACAUUGUCAAAUUGUAAAUUCUGUGAAUAUUAUUGAAUUUUUUGUGCAGCCAAUAUUGUGGCUUGUAAUGUAACAUUUUGUAAUAAAUUAGUGUACAGAAAAUACUGAUGUGUACAUUUGGAACAUGUACCUUUUGUAAACGCCAUAUUGUACAGAGCACAUGGUGAUAUACUGAUGAGCUGUGUUACUGCUGUAUAGUAAAUUGUACAUAUUGAUUAUGAAGCAAGAUCUUAGCUUGGCCUGUACCUGCCUGUUGAGCACUAGUUGUAUAUUACAUAUGUAGAUGUAAUUUUCUUGUAAACUGUAUUUUGUAUAUGUCCUAAGCUAACAGUAGUUGGUGUAAUAUUUACUGUCUUGAUCUCACAGUUCCUGCGGGGAAGAUGUGAAAAGUAACAAUUUUGGUAAUUUUUGCCUUGCUUGUAGUAUGCCAUCUUGGUUUGGGUCUUAUCUCACAUCUCAUGUUUACAGUUUUAAUCUGCCUUAGAUUUAAGUAAAGAAAAAUAAAAUCAAACAUUUUCACACUUCUCCAUGGAAAUGCUCUCUCCACCAAUCUGGCUUCUGGGUUCUGUAGUUAAAUUGGAUAAAGUAUUUCAUUCAAUGUCAUUGAAUAAAGACUUUAAUUCAGUUUUGAUUAUGGGACCAAAGUUGUCAGAACUGUACAUCUAUGUACAUUUUCAUAUUUGUAACCUUUGUUUGCCUUAGAUGUAGACGGACAUGGUUCUUUGGCCCAAUUUUUGGCACCAGCUUCCCUCUUGAAGUUUUAUAUUGUGUUCAUAUAUUCAUUCAAACUAUGUAAUCUUGUUCAGACUUCACAUUAAGCUGUUAAUGUUGAAGUUUUUGCACCAUGUCUGUUGAUAUUAGCAGUUAUUAAACAGUUUCGUGUAAUUUUUGUAUUGUUUGUAUUAGUGUAGUUAGCCUAGAGGUGUGCUAAUUGGCUGCGGGGCUUGCUUCUCCCUGACAUGGCAAUUUCUGUGGCUUUCAAUGAAACUGUAUUAUAUUGGUAGUGGCAACUACUGUUAUAUUUUUUGUUACUGUUUCUCUUCACUAAAACAACUAUCGGUACUUUGCUCUUCAUGUUAAGAGCAUAUCUUCAUUUUUGUGAUCAUUACUGCCAAAUCAGGGAAACAAUCCCUCAAGCCUUACGCUAAACCUUUGUCAUCCAGGCCACACUAGCGUGUACGUAGGACAUUUUCAACUGUAUUAUAUGUAAAAAAUGUAUCUUAUACAAUAUGUAUAAAAUGGAGUGAUGCAUUCCAUUUGAACAUCCAAGGUUUUUUAUCACUGUGGAAAGGUGAACAGUCUGAUGGCCAACCGCUCCAGUUAGCUAUCCUCUGCCAGCAUUGUUUCUAGAGUUGUUACUGUUACUGGCCAGGGUGGAGGUAUGGCUUGGCCUCGGUAACCCUUCUCCGUGCUCCCCUCUUGCUAUUAUUCCCGGCCACCCCUCAAUUUGGGGCUAUCAUUGCUAACCUAUUGGCCUGAGUCAAGGUUAAUCUUGUAAAUUAUUGACAAAACAAAGUUUCCUUGUUCCAGUACUUGAUUAAUAUUAAAAAUCUACAGCUUGUAUAAUUAAUUUUUUUUUAUAAUGCCAGUAAAUCAUUUUCAAUUCAAACCCAAAUACCACAAGAAGAUCAAGAGACAGUGCCUUGCCACUACUGCUUGUUAGUGAGGAGCGUGGAGAAUGGCAGAAUGCAGAGGGUGUCCUCCUAUGGGGAGGGUGGGGCUGGGCCAACCAUAAACCGUGUGGGCUGGUUGCAGCUCUUAAGGUGCUGCUGUACAAUUGUUUUACAGUUGUCAACAUGAGACAGGAUGACUUAUGUAUAAUCUUAUACACAUUUCUUACUCUCUCUAAGCUAUUUACUGAACAUAGCUUGACUUUGUCAAUUAAUACUCUUCUAGAAGAGAAGAUUUUCAUUGCUUUUUGUUCUCUUCAUUUCUUUAUUUCAAACCAAGUUUACCCGGACUCAUGUGACCAGCCCAGCGUCCUAAACUUCUCACCAAUUAAUCAGUUCUGUUAUGUACAUGCUGUAUCAUAUGUAAUGGUCUACUCCAUUAAUAAACUUUCUGUAAUGUGAAA